GGCCUCUCCUCGGGUGGGCUCUCCGAGCGCGGCUGGGAGCGGCGGCUGGCCCGCACGGGGCACUGCUCGGCGCUGGUGCGCCUGGCGCCCCAGGCCAAGGACCUGCUGUUCGGCCACACCACCUGGAACGACUACAGCACGAUGACCCGCAUCUUCAAGUACUACCACCUCAGGCUGCCGGGCUCGGGCGCUGCCGCGUCGCUCGUUGCCCUGAGCUCCUACCCCGGGUGCAUCAGCAGCGGCGACAACUUUUUCUCGGGCGGGCUGGCCGUCGCGGACACGAGCAUCGAGAUCCUGGACGAGGCGGCGUACGAUCCCGACGGUGGCGGAUUCUGGAAUUCGGUGCCCCGACGGCGAUCCCCUACUUCGUCCAUAUCUCGGCGGUGAACCGGCUGGCCAGCACGGCGAGUCAUUGGACGUCCCUGCUCACCGAGAGAAGCGGCAAGGCCAGCAGCGCCCAGUGGCUUGUGGUGGACUACAGCAGGUUCGCCCCUGGCGAGCGCCUUCGGUCCAACACGGUCAGGCUGGCCGAGGUUGUGCCCGGGCUUACCAUGCACUGCGACCUCUCCGAAGAGCUUGAGCUGCACGGCUACUUCGCGUCCGUCAACCGCCCCUUCUUCAGCAAGGUAAGGGAGAUUUCGGGUCACGCGGCCGCUGAGAAGGAGUACGGCGCUCUCUACUCCUUCGAUCACGGGCCCCGGGCGGAGAUCUUCCACAGGCUGGGCCAGUCCGUCGAGACCUUGAUGGACAUGCGCCACGUCAUGAACCGCAACGACCCCUCCGAGCGCGUGGAGCCCCCCUCGCCCGGGCACGCCGUGUCCGCCCGCAUGGACCUUGACGGCAGCAUGCUGAUCCCGAACGGGGGCAUCGACGCGAAGGUCGUCAACAGCUGCCUCUUCCGCAAGCUGCAGUGCCAGGCCAUCAGCGGCCCCUCGCACGACCAGCAGCCGGCCUUCAGCUGGGGCGCCUUCGCGGAGUACCCGCACCUGGGGCUCCCAGAUGCGUGGAAUUUCAGCUGGGUCCAGAUGACCAGGCUCAGGAUGUUGCCCGCGCCGGUCGACGAGCUCCACUGCCCCGGGCUCUCUCGCCUCGGCGACGGCUUCGAGGGCUGAGGGCCUCGUCGGUGUCGUCGUCGUCGCCGUCGUCGUCGUUGUCGUCCUUCUCCUUCUUUCCUUCUUGCGACAAUGUGCGGGUUGAUAAGGAGCGCAGUACUGGAAUGCAGCAUGUAUCCACUGAGCCGUGUCUAACUCGCGCUCCCA